UCUCAGAUCUUUUCUUCCAUUUGAAGAUUCGAUCUCAUCUUUCCUCUGAGAAUCUCAGAUCUCCAAUCACCAGUUCAACAACUCCAAUCCUUCUAACAAAAUCUCCCUCAAACACUAAACCAUGUAUUCCUCGAUUUCCACAUCCUCUCACCCCAUGACCCAAGAGCCACGAACUCUGCAACUAAUGGAGCUCCAAACCCCGCAACAAAUGGAACCACAACAACAGCAACCAACAGAGGAGGGAGGAAACACCCAAGCAGCUGGAAGUAGUGCCAACAUGGAUUUCUGGCGAAGCCGUACCAGGUGGAUUCCUACUCCAGAACAAAUAAGAAUCCUCAAGGAUCUUUACUACGUCAAGGGAUUUAAGUGCCCAACUACAGAGCAGAUUCACGAGAUCUGUCUCCAGCUGAACCAGUAUGGGCAUGUUGAGGGAGGACAAACAUCCCUGCAACAACGAGGAGGAGAUCACCAGGAGGUUCAAACUCUUCCUCUGUUCCCCGUGCACGGCGAGGACGUCUUUGGUAACCUGAAGACUACUUCCGAGGAAGGUAGUGCACAUGAUUACUAUUUCGGUGGCUCAGGCGGUUACAACCGUGGAUCUCCAGUUUCUCUUGAGCUCAGCCUCAACCCAUCCGGAGCUACUGAUUAGGCUUAGUAUAGCGUAGUUCCAAUUUCCUUUUUGUAAUAAUAAAUCAAUAAGAUGGUGUGCAUGUUGUUUCUUCUUUUUGUUUAACCAACAACAACACCAAGGAUCGAACCUUGGUCACCCAAUACUAUUUUCAAAACCAUAAACAACUCUACUGCACACAUCUUUCAUAAUGAUGCAAUAAAAACAAUCACUCAAAAAGAAUCCAACAAUCAAUUAAGUUGCACAGAGGUCUAGCUAGCAUCCUCUGAGUCAAACCAAACACAAACAAUUUCGUCGCUAGAAUUCAGGGAUUAAUAAAGCUAAACACUUCCCAUUCAGAAACACCUAUAGAGCACCAAACUUAACACCUCUUACGCUCGUGAUCUUUAGAACUAGAACACUAACAUAUCCUUCACUGGGCAGGAAAGUACAUGUCUCAAAAGAAUGCUACAAAUUCGCUCCAAGUCAUUAUCGAUAAUUCAUAUCCUUAGUACCAAAUCUAAUCAUGGUCAUGUUUCACCUUAAAGAAGGAACAUAGCCACAUUCUUCUUCUUUCUCAAUACAGUACCAUCAUGGAAAAAUACUAGCUCUAAUGAAUCUCUACUCAAGUAAACUCUCACCUUGAACUUUCAACUCCUUAAGUUCAGUUUCAUCCAAUAAGGCGACAUUAAUAUAGGUAUCUAACCUGGUAUCACCUCGAUAACAAACUCCACCACCCUCCUUAUAGAUAACCUAAGUAUCUCCAAAUUACCUCACUACACUCAAAAAUUUAUAUCAAUCUCUUCCCAAACCACAGAGUCAAGAAUCCUGUUCAAUGGCUAACACCUUAACCAAGGUGAGUUCUAUCAAAUGGUUACAUCACACAACUACCACUAAAGCACUACAAGCACUGCCAUAAAAACUGUUAUAAAAUAAACACUACUGGCACCACCACAAGGCUGCCAUAUGCACAAGUCUGCUAUAGACAUCAGGGAAAAAACCCAUACUUUUACUCAUAACUUUUCCUUCUAAAAGUUCAUCACGUAGUGUAUAUAAAAUCACCACACAACCUUCUUAGUCUACACUAAGAAUUCAAUCUCACACAAGGUCAGCAUAAUUGCCUCAGAGUCACUUUAAUCACGUAUCACAUGUCAAUUACCAAAACUCCACUAAGACGUCUCUUUAUAAAACAAGAUAUCUAAUCCUUGAUACGUACACCUCAUCUAAACAUCUGUACGUCCAACUUAAGAAGACAAAAUUUAUAACAAUUCAUACUCGUAUCCACACUAGGUACGUGCAUAGGUCCACACCAUGUCCUCAACCAAACACUUCAACAAUCAAAAGAACCUCAUUUCCAUAAAACAAUCCUCGUUGACUUAACAGAGUUGAAUCAAGAGGUUCCUAUUCCUCAAGGAUUGUAACUCGCGGCCACUGAACUUAUUCCAAUACGAACCUACAAGACAACUGUAAGGUUCUAAGUACAACCCCUUCGAAUCUCCAUCACCUAAGGAGUAUAGUAUGCUUGGCUAAGACAUGUAUAACACUUAAAACACAGUAUAAGUCAAAUAC